GGAAGAUGGAGGAUGGUGUGGCAGCGGCGGAGCGGACCUCCAGCCCGCAGCAACAUCGCUGCUGAAAGCAGAUUGGACAAAUCUAAAAACUACGUUUACCUGAUAACAAAAGCAGCCCUUGCCCUGACCUCGUAGAGGCGCCUGCUGAUGACCGACUCCUAAAACCUUUCUCCGACUCAGUUCAACCAACCAGAACCAGACAGCCAUGAACCCCCAGGAGACAGAGCUCGGCCAGGAGGUUAUGGAGGAGGCUGACGCCCCUCCUCGCCAGCGCCACAAUAACCACAGUCGGUCCCGUAACCACAGCAACCAGGAAAAGCGCUACAGACGCUUCGAGGCCCCUGCCGGAGGAAGCACUGGCAGCCGAGCAAGGGUACCCCAGCAGCGUAGGCCGCAGGAGGAGCAGGACGCGGAGCCACAACAGCCAGCUCAGUCCCCACAGCCCCAGCAGCCCCAGCCCAUUCCCAGACCUGCGGUGACACGCUAUCGCCGACAGGGGGACAGCGAGGCCCGACUCAGAGCCCAGCAGCAGAGGCACAGACAGCGGCAGCAGAGGGAGGCAGAGAGAGCACAACACCUGGCACAGCAACAGGAGAAGCAGCAUCACGCAGAGAUGGCCCAGGAAGACGAACGAGAGAGGGACGAUUCAGUGCUAGCCCGCUCAGCGAGCACCGAGAGCGGCUUCCACACCCAUACCGACCGGGCCGAGGGGGAUGAUGGUCUGGUGAUGAUGUCCCUAGAGCCUGAGGGGCAGCCAGAGGCGGAGGACGAGGCGGGGAACUACGGAGUCCAGCUACGGCCGGAGGCAGAGGGGUACAUUGAGAGUGCCGAAGCUGAACAGCAACACCUCCAUCUGCAACCAAACUAUCCUCCUCAGCCCCCGCCACUGCCACGUGAACCCCUGCCACGUGAACCCCUGCCGGAUAUCCAAAACCCACAGAGACAGGAAGAAGCAGAAGAGAUGCUGAACGCUGGCUACUCCAACUACGUCUACACACAGUCCCUCAGCCACUCCGGGGGAAGUGCUGAUGUCUCCGCUGGUCAAAGCUUUGAGAGUUUAGACGGCGUCCUUGCGGACGAAGCUUACUCCGAGCCAUAUGACAUUUACUCCCUCUCUGAGCACGUUUACGAGGAAAUCUGCGAUGCUCCCUCAUCGGUUUCAUCUGCUGCAGACGGGGCUGAGGACACCGAGUCACUCAGACAGAGGCGUGCCGGCUUUCAGCUGUUCGAAGGCCAGGCAGGAGGCGGGGACUACCAUCAGCAGGAAGCGGUGGGCUCCCGUCUGCGCCACUACGAUGAACGCUCAGACGGCGAGUCGGACAGCCCAGAGAAGGAGGCUGAGUUUGCCCCGUACCCACGCGCUGACAGCUGUGACCAGGAGGAGGACAUCGACAGCAUUGUGGCCGAGGUCAAAGAAAGCCUGAGCUCUCAGAGUCUGCACCAUGCUGUGGAGGACACCAUAGAUGAAGAGAACGAGUUUCAGCAGGAUGAAGAAAUACCCCAACAGUCCCAAACCGACUCUGACAAAGCUGCCAACCCAGGGAAGCAGGCCAGGAAUCAGGCUGCUAGUCCCUCAGAGGAGCUUGUAGCAGUGAAGAACAGUCAAGAGAAGAGGGACGCCAUAUCCCUGGCCAUCAAGGACAUUAAGGAGGCAAUAGAGGAGGUAAAGACUAGAACGGUGAGAUCUCCAUACACUCCCGAUGAGCCCAAGGAACCUAUUUGGGUAAUGAGGCAGGACCUGAGCCCCACUGCAGAGUGUGACCUACAGCCAUCACUGGGAUGUGAUUCCCCCGGUUCAGAAUCGCCCUCCCCUCCAGGAGCAGAGUCAUCCAGCAGACAUCUGCUACAGGAGGACAGCUACGAGUCCUCCCCCUCCAGUAAAGAGUCCAGGAGAAGCCUUGCGUCCUUCCCCACAUAUGUAGAAGUCCCAGGCCCGUGUGACCCGGAGGACCUGAUCGAUGGGAUCAUCUUCGCAGCCAACUACCUGGGCUCCACCCAGCUGCUGUCGGAUAAGACUCCGUCCAAGAACAUCCGCAUGAUGCAGGCGCAGGAGGCCGUCAGCCGCAUCAAGACGGCCCAGAAAUUAGCCCAGAACAGGAAGAAGGCCCCUGAGGGAGAGCCUCAGCCCAUGACGGAGGUGGAUCUCUUCAUCUCCACCCAGAGAAUCAAAGUGCUCAACGCCGACUCCCAGGAGACUAUGAUGGACCACCCAUUGCGGACCAUCUCCUACAUUGCUGACAUUGGCAACAUCGUUGUUCUGAUGGCCCGGCGAAGGAUGCCUCGAUCCGACUCUGAGGAGAACGUGGAGGCCUCAGACCCAGGUCAAGAGAGCAAGCGCCAGUACAAGAUGAUAUGCCACGUGUUUGAGUCUGAGGAUGCCCAGUUGAUUGCCCAGUCCAUCGGGCAGGCCUUCAGUGUGGCUUACCAAGAAUUCUUACGGGCCAAUGGCAUUAACCCCGAGGACCUGAGCCAGAAGGAGUACAGUGACUUGCUCAACACUCAGGACAUGUACAAUGAUGACCUCAUCCACUUCUCCAAGUCUGAGAACUGCAAAGACGUGUGCAUAGAGAAAGGUAAGGGGGAGAUUCUGGGUGUGGUCAUUGUGGAGAGCGGGUGGGGCUCCAUCUUGCCCACUGUCAUCAUCGCCAGCAUGAUGCACGCUGGGCCGGCUGAGAGAUCCGGCAGACUGAACAUAGGAGACCAGAUCAUGUCCAUUAAUGGGACCAGUCUGGUGGGACUGCCGCUGUCCACCUGCCAGACCAUCAUCAAGGGUCUGAAGAACCAGUCCGGGAUCAAGCUUAACAUAGUCAGAUGUCCCCCAGUGACCACUGUCCUCAUCAGACGACCAGACCUCCGCUAUCAGCUGGGCUUCAGCGUCCAGAAUGGCAUUAUCUGUAGCCUUAUGCGCGGGGGCAUCGCCGAGCGGGGCGGGGUCCGAGUGGGUCACCGCAUCAUCGAGAUCAACGGUCAGAGCGUGGUGGCCACCCCCCAUGAGAAAAUUGUCCACAUCCUGUCCAACGCCGUGGGAGAGAUCCACAUGAAGACGAUGCCCGCAGCCAUGUACCGCCUGCUGACCGCCCAGGAGCAGCCCGUUUACAUUUAACAAGACAAAGCCCCGACCUCACCACCCUUUAAACUGUCACCCCACCGAGCCGCCCCCCACUGCAGCAGCCCCCUUCUGAUGGACUGUAGUGAGUGGUUAGUUGGAUUGUUCUGUUGCUAAGCCUUGUCAACCACGUAGACACCCAACUAUCAAUCUGUGCUCACUAAAGGUUUUUUUUGGGGGGGGCUAGAGGUACCAUUAGUAAAAGGGCGUUCACACCAUAAUCCUAAAAAAGGCUUUUCCUGGUUCCCUGUUGAUGUUUAGAAACACAUUUCACACUGUCAACCCUGGGGAGCACUAUGACCAGUCUUUAAUGUAUCUUUAAUGUUCGGUUUAGUCCGCAGAGAUGGCUUGGUUACAAUUUUGGUCAUUGUUAAAUAAGGAAAAUGAGAACUUCUCACACACUAGAAACCUUAAUGAGCGGGACCUGAAUCCUGAUUGUGGACUUGAUCUGCACA